AUGACUCGUCAUGGAAAGAACUCGACAGCAGCUUCGGUCUACACAUAUCACGAGCGUCGGCGAGAUGCAAAGGCAAGCGGAUACGGAACUUUACAUGCUCGGCUUGGUGCUGAUUCAAUUAAAGAAUUCCACUGUUGCUCAUUAACUCUUCAGCCGUGCAGAAAUCCAGUGAUUUCCCCAACUGGUUAUAUUUUCGAUCGUGAAGCAAUCCUCGAAAACAUUCUUGCUCAAAAGAAAGCGUAUGCUAAGAAGCUCAAGGAAUAUGAAAAACAAUUAGCCGAGGAAAAAGCAAGUGCGAAACAAGCGGAAGGACAAGCCGAAGUUUUAACGAAAAGAACGCAGUUCUCGGCAAUCGAAAGUACUCCAAGUAGGACUGGAGCAGUAUCAACUCCAAGAAAUGAAACAGGAGGAUUGAAACGGCAAGGAGGUGUGAUUUCAAGUGAAAUUGCGGCAAAAGUGAGAGCACAUGGUGAGGAAGGAACAAUGUCUAACAUGAAAGGAGAUAAAAGUACUUCUCUUCCGAGUUUCUGGAUACCAGAGCUCAAUCCAACUGCUGCCGCUUCGAAACUUGAAAAGCCAAGCUCAAAAAUUCUUUGUCCGGUUUCGGGAAAACCUAUUAAAAUGAAAGAGUUAUUGGAUGUCAAGUUCACUCCAAUGCCAGGAACUGAAUCAUCUGCGAAACCGAAGUUUGUCUGUCCAGUGACCAGAGAUGAGUUGACGAAUACAACCAAAUGUGCGUAUCUCAAGAAGUCGCAAGCAGUCGUGAAGUACGAUGUUGUUGAAAAGUUGAUCAAAGGAGAUGGUGUCGAUCCAAUCAACGGAGAGCAAAUGACCGAAGACGAUAUAAUCGAGUUGCAAAGAGGAGGAACUGGAUAUGCUGCAACGAAUGAGGUCAAGGCGAAGCUGAUCCGGCCACAACUUGAAUUGCAAUAA